GAUAGCUCGCCCGUUGAGGGAGUUUUGCGACAUCGAAGAUCGCCGUCAUGCUUCGCAGCAACAACGCAGCACCGGUGCUGGAUCUGCCGAGCCUCAAGGCCCCCGAGCGCAACGAUCUUGUGGACGUCGAUGGGUGGUACACGGACGCCCAUGAGCUGCCCGAAGCGUCGGGCUCGGACGACGAGCUUGACAUUGCAUUGGUCUCGUCGCGCCUGUUGCCCGAGAGCCCCAGCGAGGCGCCUGUGAAGCAGCGUGCCUACGACGUCCACUUUGACGCUGGCCCCUUGGGGCUCGAGCUCGAGCGAGACUGGUCUGGGGAGCUCACGCUCGUCAAGCACAUCGCGCUUGACGGGCCGGCCCAAGCGAGCGGCUUGAUCCGGAUCGGCGACGUCUUGCACGCGAUGGACCACAUCUCGUGCUUGCACCUUUCCUUGGCCGAGACGCAAUCGCGACUCGCUACCCCCGGGCCCCAUACGCUGCACUUGACGUCGCCCUGCAGCUUUAGCGACGUCGAGCGCGAAGUAUGUAUCGCCAAGCAGUGCAUCCACGAACACAAGGCACGCUUCUACCAGCCGCUCGAGACGCCCAGCGACAACGGCCUCCUUCUCGGAUGCAUUGAGCGCUACCGCGGCGACGACGUCACGUCGUUUCAUUUGCACCGCGAAGACACGGGCGAGUUUCUCUUGGCCUGCAGCUGCGAGAGCGACCUCUCGGGGCCGUUCCUCUUCCAUACGCUUCGCGACACCCAUCUUCGCCGGUGGAAGGAUCUGCCCCGCGGCGAAGACUGCGCCGUGUACAUGGGCGAACUAGUCGAGAAUUUUCUCGGCACUGAGUUUCGCGUGUUGGACCACGCGCGCCGCGAACUCGGCUUCUUCGUCUACGAAUCGAACGUCCUCGGGCGAUGCCCCAACAGCCUCACGCUGGCGCUCAAUCGCGAGCCGCACGGACCACCGCCCAGCGAGCGCUACAAGAAGCAGCAGCAAGAGCGGGAUCCGUCGGUCCUUGACCGCCUCCGCCUCGAAGUCGAGUCGUUUGUCGAGGCGCUCACGUCCCCGCGCAAUAGCAAGCAGCUGUCGCCUGCGUACGACGCUGUGGCGCAAGACGACGACGACGCGAGCGACCUCGCGCUCUUCCAAACGACCAAGCCCGCGUGGAGCGAAGCGAUUCAUGCGUGGACGCUCCAUUUUGACGGCCGCGUCCAUGUUCCGUCCAAGAAGAACUUUCUCCUCAGCGCGCUCGACGACGCCAACGAGCGGACGGUGCUGCGCUUUGGGAAGGUCUCCAAAGUCCGAUUUACCCUGGAUUUUCAAGCCCCCUUGUCGCCAUUGGUCGCACUCGCAGUCGCAGUCUCGGCGUUUGCCAAGAAGCGCAUCGUGACGUCGUAACCUAAGCUCACAAACAGGAAAACUGGCAAAAAGGCAAACUGGCGAAUUGGGAAAAUAAGAAAAACUAAGAAAAUGCAAAACCAGUG